AAAAAAAUGUGCUCGGCGGAGCAGACUAUAAAUGCCUAUGGAUGGGCUGCCACAGAUUCAUCUGGGAUUCUCUCUCCCUUUCAUUUCAUCAGGAGAGCUAAUGGAGACAAUGAUAUCACCAUAAAAAUACUCUAUUGCGGUAUUUGUCACACCGAUUUUCACCUGGCAAAGGAUGAAUUAGGCAUGACCACCUAUCCGCUUGUCCCCGGGCAUGAGAUUGUGGGACAAGUAACAAAGGUUGGGCGCAAUGUGUCAAAGUUUAGAGUUGGGGACAAAGCCGGAGUUGGGCCUCUAGUUGAUUCAUGUGGCAGAUGUGAAAACUGCGAUGAAGGCCAAGAAAAUUACUGCUCGAAAUUGAAAUGGAUCUUCAAUGGACAGUUCGAAGACGGAUUAAGAUCCUACGGUGGAUACUCCGAUAAGCUUGUGAUCCAUGAACGUUAUGCAGUCCUAAUCCCAGAUAAGUUCCCAUUAGAAGGUGCUGCACCUUUGUUGUGCGCAGGGAGCACAGUGUACAGUCCCAUGAUAUACUUUGGACUGGCAGAGCCUGGUAAACAUAUAGGUGUGGUGGGGCUCGGAGGGCUGGGCCAUUUGGCCGUGAAGUUUGCAAAAGCUUUUGGAAUGAAGGUCACUGUGAUAAGUACCUCACCUAACAAGCGAAAUGAAGCUGUGGAACAGCUUGGUGCAGAUGCAUUUUUGGUCAGUCAAGACCAAGAGCAAUUGCAGGCUGCGAUGGGCACAAUGGAUAGCAUAAUGGACACAGUUUCAGCUUCUCACUCCCUCUUGCCAUUGGUUGAUUUGUUGAAGACCAAUGGAAAGCUAAUUUUGGUGGGUGCUCCAGUCCCACCGCCUGAGCUUCCAGUUUUGCCUUUACUCUUCGGAAGAAAGCUGAUUGCUGGUAGUGCAUGUGGAGGAAUGAAAGAAACACAAGAGAUGAUAGAUUUUGCAGCAAAGCACAAUAUCGCAGCAGACAUCGAAGUUGUUCCCAUGGACUACGUGAAUACUGCCUUUGAAAGACUUGCCAAGAAUGAUGUUAAGUACCGCUUUGUCAUCGACGUGGCCAACACUUUAAAUCCUUCCUUUUGAUUUCAACCUCAAAUUGAGACUCACUAAUUGGUUAUUUCAACCUUCCCAUACAAGCCACUACUUCUCUUCUCUCUGCUUUUGGUAUUAAUCCCAGUAUUGAACAAAAGCGAUAUAUGAUUGUACUUCUUAAUUUUAAAAUAAGCCCCACUUGGUAUUUGGGCCAUGAAUUGUAUUCCUUCUUUUUUCUUUUUUCUUUUUCUUUUUUCUUUUUAUACAAAUUUGUUUCGCAACAAGCCACUCCUUCUCUUCUCUCUGCUUUUUGUAUUAAUCCUAGUAUUGAACCAAAGGCUAUAUAUGUAUGUAUUUCUUAAUUUGAAAUAAGCUCGAAUUGGUAUUUGGGCAAUGAAUUGUAUUUCGUUGUAUUCAAAUUAUAGCUUAAUAUGGUUUACUUGCAUUUUACCCACUCAAGGGAAAUGAAGAGUAU